UCUGGCUUGCCAUUUGCCGAAUACCUUCUCCCAGUCACAACGUCGAGCGAACUGCCUUCGCAGUUCUCGUCCAUACGACGGGAAGAACAGAAAUCCUCCAAAGCAGCUGCGCAGGCGAAAAUGACGAGGCGCGAUUUGUCGCUUUCCUUGCAUGGCCUUCCCUUCAGCCUGCUACGACGCUGAACAUCGGACGUAGGAAGGAGCGACAGGAGCUCGAGCAGGACAUAACGGAGGCACCAAGGCAAGGAAAGAAAGAAACAAAGAAAGAAAUGCGAUGAUGGCCCUUACGAUGCCGAUUGCGCAAUGUGCACACGCUUGCGCGCUUGCUUCUGCUGCAGCUACCAGUGGCACUUCGUCUGCUGUUGUUUCGAGGAGUGGCGGGUCAGUGAUUUUAAAUGCCGUCGGAAUUCUGAGUAGCCAGCACAAGCUUCGCUCCUCCAGUUGGACGGGUCUCAGGCCUGGUGCCGGAGUAUCUCAGCUUUCUAAGACAGAUGGGAUUCAUGUAUGUCGGGAAGUUUUGGAGACACAUGGUUUGGUUCGGGCAGCUGCUGUUGACCAAAGCAGUGUUACCACGGGAGCUCCACCACCACCUCCUGCAGCUCCUAUCAAGCAGGAAUCAGAUGUCCGCAUCUCCCAAGUUGCGAAGGAUACCAUGACAAUUCGAGGACGCUGUAUGGACAGGCUGAAGUACGAGGUGGAAUACGGCUUGAAGCGGGGUACCACCAAUAACUCCUAUGUUAUCAAGGGUACCAAUUCAACGGCUCUGAUUGAUAUCAUGGAUCAAUCUUUUGCUGAGGCCUUUACUAAAACCCUGGAAACUGCUUUUGAUCUGAGUUCCAUCAAGUACUUGGUUCUGGGUCAUUUUAGUCCAAAGCGGGUGGAAAGCUUAAAAAUUUUACUGCAAGCACUCGAAAAAAAAGGUACAUCGAUUGAGAUCUAUUGCUCCAAUCCAGCAGCUCAGCUGUUAACGAAAUUACUUGCCAGUGACACACUGGAGAAUGUGUACAAGUUGAAAACUGUACGGGCGGGCGAUGUGCUUGAUCUUGGAGGACACGAGCUUCAGUUCAUUUUGACUCCUACACCUCGUUGGCCGGAUGGAAUGUGCUCUUAUGAUCCUUCAACACAGUUACUGUUCUCCCAAAAAUUAUUCAGUGCUCACGUGUGCGAGGAGAAUGACUAUGAUAUUGGAGGCGUGGAUGUAUACGGAGAAGACUGGCGCUUUUAUUUUGAGUGUAUGCUCGCAUCUUCUCCAAAGCAGACCAAGGCUGCGCUGGAAAAACUAGAUAUUGUUGCGCAGUAUUCAAAGCCCAGCUAUAAGGACAGGAAAGGGGUCGAUGUCGUGAAGGAAGACAUGAAGUUUAUAUUUUCUACAGUGCUCAGUGCGUUCAAUCUACCAAUCAGUAAAGGCAUGCUUGCUGGCUCACUAGGAGAUAAGCUUGUCACGGCCGCAAUAUGUCCACUACACGGACCGAUUGUGCGCUCUUCCCUUACUGAGCUCGUCCGUGAAUACGGAGUGUGGACAUAUGAAAAAUUGAAACAAUCAGAAGAAGCAACGGUCGCUGUGAUUUACGCGUCAGCUUAUGGUAAUACGACCGCGCUUGCCCAAGCUAUCAGCCGAGGGAUAAGCAAAGCUGGUGUUGGAGUCGAUACACUAAAUGUGGAGAUUUGUUCGACCGAAGAACUGGUUGCUUCACUUCAACGCUGCUCGGGAUUUGUAAUCGGAAGUCCUACGCUUGGUGGUCAUAUGCCGACUCCUAUUCAGAACGCCUUGGGAGUGAUUCUGUGCGAUGAGUAUGCGAAAAAAUUACCGUGUGGUGUAUUUGGUUCAUUUGGUUGGAGUGGAGAAGCUGUGGACAUGAUCGAGCAGCGCCUCAAGGACUGUGACUUUAAUUUAGCAUUCCCCACCAUACGGUGCAAGUUCAAGCCUACCGAAGCAACAUUACAAGUCUGUGAAGAGAGCGGGACAGACUUAGCACAGGCUAUAAGGAAGUUGAAGUUGAAGAAGCGCAGUGAGGCGGCUCCUAAGUUCACUGUCGCUUCUAAUGUCGAACAGGCUGUUGGAAGAGUCGUGGGCUCCCUGUGUGUAUUGACUGCGAGGAGUGGCGAUGCGGAGAGUGCUAUGUUAGCAUCGUGGGUUAGUCAAGCAAGUUUUGUUCCUCCGGGCCUCACAAUAGCAGUAGCCAAGGACAGAGCAGUAGAAGGACUAGUCUUGGUAGGAGCCAGGUUUGUUGUGAACGUGCUUGGGCAAAACAAGAGCAAUGCUGUUGCGAAGCAACUUUUGAAACCCUUUUUGCCUGGAGAGAAUCGUAUGGAAGGACUUGAGACUACAGUAGCAAGCAAUGGCGGACUUAUUCUGAAAGAUGCGAUAUCGUGGAUGGAGUGCACUGUACAGAGCCGUAUGGAGACAGGUGAUCAUUGGGUUCUGUAUGCCGUUGUAGACUCUGGAAAAUUAGAGGAUGAUACAACUCUUACUGCUGUUCACUACCGGAAGACAGGAGCACGCUACUGAUCGAAACUAUCGUUGUUACGAUCCGACAGAAAACAUUACCGUCAACUCUCAUUUGCGGUUGUAUCUAUGUGUAAAGCACACAAAACUUAGGUCUUAAGGUAGAUGAUUCCUCACAUAGAUACGAAGGUGGUGCAUUCAUCGAGCUUGUUCCUGGCAGGGUGAUAUGGUCGUGCUGUACUAUACACAGGCCGUGCACGAUGAUGAGCAUCUUGCAUGUACUUGAUGUAUAUAUGAACAGUGUAUUGUACAAUUCUGUUUGUCCUUAUCUGUGCAAAUAUUAGUAAAAACCUUGAAAAAUCUUAUUCUCAAA